UAUUUCCUUUUUAUUGUAGCCACCGCUGGGGAGGAAGGAAGAAAAUGUUUGAUGAGAGAGAUCGAGCUGGGAAAAAUUCUUGGUGACAGCAAUCAGCUUAACAUAGUGAAGUUCAUUGGCUGCGUCACUAGACAAGUUCAUCCGAUCCUUAUCAUGGAACAUUUGCCAUGUGGUGACUUGCUUGGUUACAUGAGAAAAUGCCGAGGAGUUAAUGAUCGGUAUUAUCUUGGAGAAGGAAGGGCUCAAGAUUUGAACAACUAUGACCUUGUGCUAUUUGCCAAACAAAUCGCCGCCGGUAUGGUGUUCCUUGGAUCAAGGGGGAUAAUCCAUCGUGACCUGGCAGCUCGAAACGUCCUCCUUGAUAACAACUAUGUGUGCAAAGUGACCGACUUUGGCAUGGCAUAUCAAAGCUUUAAAUAUGGUCAUGGAAAUGCCAAAAAGGGCCGUUUGCCAAUAAAAUGGACUGCACCAGAGAUUUUGUUGGGAAAUUUCGCUGGACUUUCCACCUUGAGUGACGUGUGGUCUUAUGGAAUCGUUCUGUAUGAGAUAGUUACCCUUGGAGGAAUUCCAUAUGAAGGAUGGUCAGAAGGGAAUGUGGUUGCACAAGUCACACAUGGAUACAAACUUCCAAAAUAA